CCCUAAGAAACCGCCUUGAGUCAACCGGCAACUCCUUUCGGCCCGUCACUUUGGAAAACACACGCACUCACUUACACUCUUCCUCUUCCCUUCUCUCUCUCUCUCUCCUCUUCUUGCAAAUCCUGCAAAAUCCCAGAUUUUAAUUCCAAUCACCAAACUUCUAACUAUGUUUUUCCUUUGAUUUGGAUGCUAAUUUACAUCACAUCAUCAGCUACGGCUUGUUCAAUAAAACCUCUAUGGAAGGCAAGUUGUUGUUAUCUUUUCUUCUUUUCUGCAUUUCUUUUUCAUUAAUCUUUGAUAAUUUUGAUGGGUUUUUUGCAAACUGUGAUACCCUUUUACCUGAUAAUCACCCCAUUUCUAAUUCCAAUCAUAAAGACAACACUAAUUAUAAUGAAGAAAAUGGUAACCCUUUGUUGUAUAAUCAACACCAAUCUCAAAUUGAUAAGAUGGAACAAUUAGUCAGGAAUUUGAGUGAGUUAGUAACAAGAUUAGAGUCCAAACUUGACGAAUCGAAAAAAUUGGAAAAUGGGCACUGCAAAGAUGCUGCUAAUAAAGAAAAGGGUGAUAGAUCAGCUUAUACUUUGGGUAAAGAGAUUGGAAUUCAUGAUGAGGGUGCUAAAAGCGAUUCCUUUGUUACUGCACAAGGGAAUCGAUUGAAAGCUGGUUCAAUUACAAAAUACAGUCCAUUUUGGUCUGAGAAAUUUCAGUUUAUGUCAGCUGUGAACUUGGGUUCAGUUGCUACUAGUGUUAAUGUAUUACCCUUUCGAGAUUUUGAGGGGAUUAGUAAGUAUAUCGCGGUUGGCGAUGAUAGAGGCCGUGUUUAUGUCUUCUUGAGGAAUGGGGAUGUUUUGGUUGAGUUCCAUACCUUGACUGAUUCGCCCGUUACUUCAAUGCUUUCGUAUAUGUCAGCUUAUAUGAACGAGAGUGUGUUGGUUACAGGGCAUAGUAAUGGGGCUAUAUUGACUCAUAGGGUUUGGGAAACUUCCAUUGUUGAGGAUUCGAGUUCCCUUCACAUGGAGAAUCAUGUGGCAUUAGAUGCAGGGGAAAAUGAGUCAAUUGGAUCAUCAGUAUCAAUUUUAGAAGUUCAUCAAGUUGCAAGAUCUAGGUACAUUUUGUCAGUGGAAGAAAAGGGGAAAAUCAAGGUUUUUAGGGAGAAUGGUACUUUGUAUGGGCUAGCUGUACCAACGAGCCGUCCACUCGUGUUCUUGAAGCAACGGCUUUUGUUCUUGACGGAAAAGGGUGCGGGAUCUUUAGAUUUGAGGAGUAUGAAGAUUAGGGAAACUGAAUGUGAAGGUUUGAAUGAUUCGAUAGUGAAAAACUAUGUGUUUGAUGCUAGUGAAAGGUCAAAGGCAUAUGGGUUUACAUCAUCAGGUGAUUUGAUUCAUCUGUUAUUAUUAGGUGAUGUAACGAACUUCAAAUGUAGGGUUAGAUCCAGGAAAAAGUUUGACAUGGAUGAACCUCUUGCAUUUCAAGCAAUUAAAGGGUACUUAUUAAUCAUUGGUCAAGAUAAGAUUCAUGUUUAUAAUGUUUCAACUCAGCAUUAUAGGUCCGGUGCUCCUCGUCUUACAUUUUCUGCUGGUAUAGAGGAGAUCAAAUCAUCUUUUUUACCGGGUCAGACUGUGGAUGAAAAUGGGAAGGAAGAAGCAAUACCGUUAAUUGCUAGUGACCGUGAAAAACUCGUUAUUCUUGGUUUAGGAGGAGGAUACGUAGGAAUGUACCGUUCAAAACUUCCCAUUUUGAGAGGAGAGUCUAACACAGUGCUGUGGACAAGUCCUGUGUUGUUCUUCAUACUCUUCCUAUUUGGAGCAUGGCAGUUCUUUGCCAAGAAGAAGGAAGCACUUACAUCGUGGGGCCCGGAUGACCCGUUUAACUCCACCUCGGUCGGAAGUGGUGGAGCCCCGUUAGGGUCCGGGUCAGUAGAUAGAGCUUUUUCUGAUUCAUCAUCAUCAAGAAAUGCUGAUAUGAUGGAUUUGAGGAAUAACGGGUUAAGAGGUCCAUCGAGAAGUAGGUAUACUUCUCCUUCCCGGUAUCCCGUUGGAGGAGGAGGGAGCUCCUUUAGGCCGAGUGCAGGGGACGCCAACUCUAGACCGUUAUCUGUUGAUCCGAAUUAUAGAGCAACAUCCGAGCUUAAGUUCAGGGGUUCAAAUCUUGACUCUUCUUCCGCUUUUCCCAAACGAAGAGACAACAUGUAUGAUGAUGGAAAUUGACUUGUAAGAUAAUAAUCUUCCAGGAAGUGUUGUAGCCUGAUGCAGGUGUUGUCACUGAAUUUUUGUUAUUUUUUUUUUGGCAAUAUUGAUAUAAGUAUGUUCAUAUGCAAUGUAUUUCUGUUUGAGCUUCUACCCUAGUUAUUAUAAUUUUGAAAUCUUCAGUUGUGAAGAUGGAACUAAUAAUGCCAGAGCUUAUUGUAGUUCUAUCCUAAUAUAUCUCUACAGGGUUUUUGCUUUU